ACCCCGUAAAAGUAACUCCGUAAAACCUUGUGUUUGUGUCUUCCACCACUUACACCUUUUUGAAAAAUCAAACACCAUUAAUUAAUUCAAAUUUAUUAUUAUUAUUAUUAUUCUCCUAAUUCCUCAUCCAAUAUUCAUUCAUUCGACGUGCUCUCCUCUUUCUACUCUCCAACUCUACAUGUUUGAAUUUUCGAUUUUUUUUUUCAACUUGUCCCUUUCCUUUGUUUUGGUCAAAAACCGAACACCUAACCGUUUUAGUGGCUUAGUGCGUGUUUCUUUGACAAAGUGGGCUUGUUUCUUCAAAACCCUUUACCCUGUUUGUUUCAUUAACUGCUUCAAGUGAAAAACUUGCUUGCUCUUAGGGGAAACAAGAGGUGGUUCUUCUUCGCUACUUUCAUUCAUGGGGAAGGUCACAACAACUUCUUCAACGCUGCCGCCUUUGUCUCAAGAAACUUCCAAUUUUGAUGAGGUUUAUAUGCAGCAAAGCUUGCUCUUUGAUGAUAGUCUCAGGGAUUUGAAAAAUCUGAGAACGCAGUUAUAUUCGGCAGCUGAAUAUUUUGAACUUUCGUAUACCAAUGAUGAUCAAAAACAGAUAGUUGUAGAAACACUGAAGGAUUAUGCUAUCAAAGCUCUUGUAAAUACAGUGGACCAUUUAGGCUCUGUGACCUAUAAAGUUAAUGACUUGUUGGAUGAGAAGGUUGUUGAAGUUUCUGGAGCAGAGCUACGUGUAUCUUGUAUUGAACAGAGAAUAAAGACAUACCAAGGGUGUAUGGAUCACAAGGGGAUUACCCAACAGUCGUUGGUGAUCAGUACUCCAAAAUAUCACAAGCGUUAUGUCUUGCCAGUUGGGGAGACCAUGAUUGGUGCCAACCUCACGAAGUCAAAAUAUGUUGGAUGCAGCCUUGAGGACGAAGAAGAGUGGCCUCACCUUAGAAAUGUUGUUCGAGCUACAAUUAGAGAAACGCCAACAUCUACAACGACAAGUAAAGGGCGUUCACCGUCACCUUCUGUACAACCUCAAAGACCUGGACCCUUUUCGUUCACUUCGACAAUGCCCCAAAAAGAUUUAGAGAAACGGUCUGUUUCACCAUACCGUUUCCCGCUUCUACGUAGCGGAUCUCGGUCAAGUAAACCUUCAACACCGAAGAUGAGCAGAUCAACUACUCCAAACCCAAGCAGACCAAUCACACCAAAUCCUUCUAAUGCAGCAAAACAAAGGUACCCUUCUGAGCCACGCAAAUCGGCUUCAAUGCGAUUAUCUGCUGAAAGGGACAACGGAAAAGAGGUAGAACAAUAUCCGAGUAAAAGUAAAGGUCUCUUGAAGGCCUUAUUAAGCAGACGCAAGUCUAAGAAGGAUGACACACUUUAUACAUACUUGGACGAGUAUUGAUACCAUAGAAUCUAUAGAAAGAACAGAAAAUGUGGCGUAAAGUCUUGAAAACAAGUCAAUUUUUGCUUUCUAGUUUUACCCAUUUUGUUCUAUAGGCUGCACUUCUUCAGCAUUUCAUCUGAAGUGUAUACUGUACUUUUUAUUUUCCAGUACUUUACUAUUGCAAGAUCCCAAAAUUAUCUUGUGUAACAGUUCAGAAUUAUUUUAAACAUGGAUCAUGUAGUUAUAUAAUCAAAGUAAAUUUCACUUCAUUUCUCUUCCUU